UGCUACAGCCCCUAACAUCCCCCUCCGUGUACUCUGGACCCUCGCUACCCUCGCGUCUUACAUCGGAUUCUUCAUCCUCAUGGUGGAGAUGCUGCAGUCUUACUUCACACACGGCACCGUUACUGACGUCACGCUGGAGUUCGUGCCGGAGGUCAGGUUUCCUGCCGUCACCAUCUGUAACUUAAACAAAUUUGAAGACAAAGCGCUGACGGUUGAGGAGAAGCACUACCUCUCCUACAUUCUGUACGGGGUCCAGGAGGAUAUUGACGUCAUCGCGGGUGCCCCAGUAAACAACAAGUACACCCCGAACAGCACAGACGCCAACGUCACGACAGAGACUCCACGGACAGAAGCUCCGCACACACAUGGGUCAUUUUCCGUGGACAGCAUUACUCGAGAGAAGGGGUUCCGACUCGGGAACGACAUGCAUGUGUGCACGUGGAUGGGACAAACUUGCACAGAACUGGACUUCACUCACUCCUUCAGCACGUACGGAAACUGCUACACGUUUAACGCCAGCCCCGAGAACCCCAUCAACCAAACCAUCCCCGGCUCAGGCUACGGGCUCUCCGUCAUGAUAGACAUCAAAUCGCACCUGUACACAGAGAACCCGCUGCUGCCUGGCGGCACGGCUGACGUGGGACUGAAGCUGCUGGUGCACGAUCAGAACGAGCCGCCCAAGAUGGACACCCAGGGCAUCGCCGUGGCACCGGGCAGUCACGCCUACAUCGCCAUCAGACAGAUACAGUACCAGAACCACAUCCCUCCGUGGGGGGUCUGUCAGGACCUGCAGCUGGAGUAUUACGACACCUACACCCUGACGGGCUGUCAGCUGGAGUGCAGAAGUAAAUACGUGGUGCAGAACUGCACCUGCAGACCCAUCUACCUGCCAGGUGAUGCGCCGUACUGUGAACCAGCUGAUGUCGCUCAUUGUGUGCGGCCCGUGGAGGCCGCGGUGACGUCAGGAGCGCUACCUUGCGACUGCCCCGUUCCCUGCAGCCUGAUGACCUAUCGCACUUCGAGCUCCUACGCCAAAUGGCCGAACAACAAAGCCGACGUUGUCUACACCACGGCGUUUGGCCUGAGCCCAGGCUACAUGGCAGACAACUCUGUCGUCUUUGAUGUUUACUACGAAGAACUGAACUACGAAAUCAUCUCCCAGCUAAAGGCCAUGGACAGCGGUCAGCUGGCCAGUGAUCUCGGUGGCCAGAUGGGUCUGUUUAUCGGAGCCAGCAUCCUGACUCUACUGGAGAUAUUUGAGUACCUGGGCCUGCGCCUCAUCGCCUUCAUCCAGCGGCGGAAAGUCAGAACCCGGCGGGUCCACACGUCAGCCUACCCGAUGCCUGACACUCUGUCAGUAAACCAGGCAGCCAAGAAUAAGGAGAGCAAGGAAAAAUCGUUGAUGAAUCUGAAAGAGUAAUGUUAUAUGUAGUAGCUUGCCAAGUAUAAAGCAAUGUAAAAUAGGUAAAUACGUAUAAAACACUUAGUUUGGUAUUAGAAAAGAUACUGAAACUCACCAUCUGAUCGUAACAAGACGUUACAGAUUUGGUAGCCAAAGUAGUUUUAGGGAAAUAUAGCCUCCUUGGUUACACCUUACUGUUUAGUAAGUAG